AUGCCCCGCUCGAAGCGCGACCGCGUCGUCGCCCUCACGCAAACCGCAAAGAAGGGCAAGGAGGCCAAGGGACGCCUGAUCGAGGAGGUUCGCGAGCAGGCCGAGGCGUUCAAGUAUCUCUGGGUGUUCGAGGUCGAGCACAUGCGGAACAACUCGCUGCAGGAGGUGCGGACGGCGUGGAAGGGAUCGAGGAUCUUCUUGGGCCGGAACGCCGUCAUGCGGAAAGGUCUCGGAGCGACGCCGGAGGACGAGUGCCGCCUCGGCGUGCACAAGAUCGCAAACAUGCUCGAAGGAAACCGCGGUCUCCUCUUCACCGACGAGUCGCCCGAAGUCGUCACCGAGUGGUUCGAAUCUUUCAAGAAGCAGGACUAUGCGCGGACGGGGAACACGGUUGAGGAGGGUUUCGAGUUGCCUGCAGGUCCCAUCCUGAUCAACGACGAGCCAGCACCCCACUCCCUCGAACCUCAAUUCCGCAAGCUCGGCAUGUCGACUUCGCUCCUCAAGGGUGUCCCAACCCUGAACGCACCGCACGUCGUCUGCAAGCCUGGAGACACGCUCAACCCGAACCAGGUCAACUUGCUGAAGCUGUUUGGGAAGACGUUUGCGACGUUCCAGAUUGUUCCCCUGCUCGGUGUCCACCUCGUCGACGGCACGACCUGCGGCGGCACCUCGAUGGAAGACGCGGAGUGA